AUGGACGGGAUGGACUAUCCAUAUUUUACCACGGCCGCGCCCCAAGCGUAUCCAUUCGUUGGCCUGCCACCGACUCCAUCACAUACAAAUUCCAUCUCGGAGCAUGAUUUCAGCAGCAACCCCUCACCACCUGUUCGUUCUCAUUUCCCUACAAGUAGCUUCAAGCCUGAUCCGCUCUUCAUCCUGACCCCAGUACAGGAUGCCAACUACGAUUUCCAGUUUGAGAGCUACAACCAGCACUUCACGCAAAAUACCCAGACUGCCUUGCACAAACCACCACAGACCCCGCACUCUCAACACAACGGCCACAAACCUUCCUUCAGCGGCUCGCGGAACGGCCAUGGCCUCGACCAGGAUCUGGGUAUCAAGACCAAUACCAACCCCAUAAACCAGCCUGGGAGCAAUAGCGACGAUGACGAUAACACGCAACCUGCCGUGUCCCGGCGCAAAGCCCAAAACCGCGCCGCUCAACGAGCCUUCCGCGAACGCAGGGAACGCCAUGUCAAAGACCUCGAAGCCCAGAACGCGAACCUAGAGAAGAACUCGGCUAGCGUUGCCCAAGAGAACGAGCGCCUAAAGCUCCAACUCCAGAAAGCCACGACCGAGAACGAGAUCCUCAAAAUCACCUCUACUAAUCCCCGCGAACGCUCCGAGCCUCUUCCAACACAUGGCCCCAUGCGGUUUUCGCCGACGGAUUUCUAUACCGAGGUGUUGCACGCGCACGAGAACAAGACACCGAGCCACCGCAUUGUGACGAGCGAGUCGGGGCAGAAGUUAUAUGCUGCGGGAGCGACGUGGGAUUAUAUCAUUAACAAUCCGCUGUUUAAGAGGGGUUUGGUGGAUAUUGGGGAUGUGAGUGAUCGUUUAAAGAAGGUGGCUAAGUGUGAUGGGCAAGGGCCGGUGUUUGAGGAGCGGGAGAUUCUCAGUGCGAUUGAGAAGAGUGUUGCCAGUGGCAAUGAUGAGCUGUUGUAA